GUCUUGGCGGUGAUAGCACUUGAACACAGCAGGACUGAAGUCAUAUUGAAAUAUUGACAUGAUUUGACAGUAUCAAUAUUUGACGCUGAGAGUCAGUUACACUUUGGAAACAAAUAUUUUAAUCAAGUGACUUCUACAGACAUGCAUUCCAUAAUGUCGCUGCCAUUUGCGGUAAUGAACUACCUUCUGCUCACAUCCGGUGCGUUUGCAGAUAUUGAUGACGUCAACUUUCGUGGGUACCUUGAUUCCGCCGCGAAAACUCGGUUUCCCAGACGAAUUCGAUUUAAAGACAAUUUUGCUCCCGGUUUUGGUAAAAGAUUUUCGCCAAUGCUUGGAGGAGGCUGGAAGAAGUUUCGUCAGCUUCAGCAAAAUCAACAACAACUUGGUGAAGAAUCCUUCCCUACCAACGACAUGGACACACCUUAUACAGUUAAUCAAAGGGUCAACGAAGAAUUGACGAAUGAAAUCAACGACCUAAUGAGACAUAGGUACUUCAUGACCCCAGUGCCUAAGACCAACGAAGAAGUUGAUAGAAUCUAUGACGCUUUGCGAAACGAAAAAGACCCCUUUGACAAUGAUUCCAACGAAAAUAGCAUCGGUCAGGAUUGGAAUGUAGAUAACUUGGACACAGACACUGCGAAGUCUCCCAUGGCUCUGAAAAGCAUGAUAAUGAACAAGAUGAUCAGAAAUCUGCUUCAGAACAAGGAAAGUCGACAGUAGAAGCCUGUCUUCAGAUUAUUAUUGUGCACCCUGGAAAUUUUGGAAAAGGCUUGUCAAAUGACGUACGUCAUCACUUAUAAAUGCAAAAGACAUUUGAUGAAGGAACGAGGGCCAUCAGUGUUAAUAUGUUGUGGCAAAUCAUAAUCGUUGAUCUUUUAAAUCUCUUACGUUUUAUAUUUUACAAUGUAAACUUUGCAUCAAUUAUAAUCCAUUUCCAUUCAUUUAAAUGCUUUGCAUUACGUAAUUGUUAAAUAUUGUUAGUAUGCAUUUGCAAAAAUAAAAGUACUGACUAACAAUCUUAAUGUUUUAGUGGUCUACAUUAUAUUGUGUAAACUACCCACUAACUCGGCAAGCUAAUGUUAAUAAUAUCUACCGAUAUACCUGAUUAAAAUCAAUAACAGCUGAUCUGCUGAUUUACUGAUAUAAAUGUAUCGGAAGACUUUAAGUGACACUCUUCAAAAUCAUUGCAUACACAUGUAUAACCAAUAUCAUUUUUGACUGAUAAACCUUUAACUACUUACUAAAUAAUGCAUUUAGGGAAAAUUUUAAUUACUGAUAACAAGAUUGUAACCGUGUAUUUAAUAGCAGAAUGCACAAAAAUAUUAAAUGAUUGGUGAAUGAUAACUGUGGUCUACUAUAGUCUCAUAAGGUAGAAAUACCGUGUUUUAUGCUCAUUUCUUUUCAAUUAAUCUCGAUAUCCUUCAUAAGAAUCAUUUUUUUCGACAUUUCUUCAUCUUGUUUGGAAUAUUAAAACAAUAUUAUCAAUUAUGGUUAAUCUUAUUUGGGAGUAAUAGUGCAUCUUUAAGAAAUAAGGCCAACUCAUUGAACAAAAAGAUAAAGUGACCACUAAAGUUGGAAAUAAAUUCGAGAUAAUUUCGAUUGUAUUUUUACAGUGUAAUAAAAAAAAAUGUUAAUCAGUAUGUGGGUAAGGGCUAAUCCAAUUUGUAAACGAUUUUAAAAUUGACACUUAUCCCUUUUUGCAAAGAAAUAGUUUUUAGCUUGCGUCACUUGUAUAUAUUUUUUUGUCAAUAAAAUGACCCCAAAACUUGAUAUUGUGAAAACUGUUCUACACAAAUUCCUGAAUUACAAUCGUUGAAAACGGACCCAAAAACUGUAAAUAAGCCGUGUUUAGAAAACCUACUUUAACGAUCUAUGGUUUUUAAUGCCGUGAUAAAAAAACCUGCAACAAUUGUUAACUGACAUUGCUUAAAAUAGUUGUGUUCGAUUCUUGUUUUUGGUGUUUUGAAAAUCUAAUAAAAAAA